AUGCUUGACUUGAACACACUGGAUGGGUCGAGUUGGGAUGUAGUGAUAUCGGGGACCGGCCUCGCCCAGGCCAUUCUAGCACUGGCACUGUCACGAUCCGGCAAGAAGAUCCUCCAUAUUGAUAAGAACGACUACUAUGGCGGCCCCGAAGCAGCCUUUAGUCUACAGGAGGCAGAGGAAUGGGUGAAUAAAGUAGAGCAGGUACCCAACUCUAUGCCCUUUGAAUCUGCAUCAAUAUCACGGCCAACGCUCCUAGACGGCGAAAAGAGCCAGCUGUCGUUCGCACGUGCAUAUACACUAUCAUUGUCGCCGCAGUUGCUAUUUUCUCAAUCCAAGUUCCUGCCGUCGCUGGUGUCUUCCAAAGUCUACCGUCAGCUGGAGUUCCAAGCUGUGGGAAGCUGGUGGGUAUGCCGACACGGAGCCGACUCCGAGUCGGAUUCCCAAUCAACUAAGCUACAGCGCGUUCCUAGCAGCCGCGAGGAUGUGUUUACAGAUGAAUCCAUGAGUAUGAAAUCAAAACGAUCCCUGAUGAAACUUCUUAGGCAUUUUCUCCAGCAAGGGCAGGACGGAGAUGUUGAACCAGACCAGGAGUUGGACCAAGAAAUGCUGUUCCAGGAAUUUCUGCAGACCAAAUACCGCAUCCCCCAGGAGUUAUUUGAUCCACUGCUCUCUUUAUCUCUUUCGUUCAAGAGCAUUGAUAAAACCCACUCCACCCAUGCUCUGCCUAAUAUCAAAAGGCACCUCGGGUCUAUUGGAGUCUUUGGUCCUGGUUUCGGUGCUGUCCUUGCCAAGUGGGGUGGCGGUGCGGAAUUCUCCCAAGCUGCCUGCCGUGCUUGCGCCGUUGGGGGCGGCAUCUAUGCUCUCGGCAGAGGAAUCAAAAGUGUCGAUGUGAUCUCAGACGAUAGCGAAGGUGAGCAGCUACAUAUCCAUCUAACGGAUGACGAAUCCGUAAAGAGUAAGUACGUUGUUGGGUCUGCCUGGGAUCUCCCUCAACAAAUUCAAAAAGAAAGGGAGCUUCCCUAUUCCCGUCUUACGCGAGCGAUUAUGGUUGUCAAUUCACCAUUGGAUAUGCUCUUUCCACCAACCUCAGAGAACGGACCCAUUCCUGCUGGGGCGGUUGUCACUGUUCCAUCAGCAAAGGGUGGUCCUCCCACCUAUCUUUUGAUACACUCUAGCGAUACUGGGGAGUGUCCUACUAGUCAAUGUAUUAUCUAUGGCUAUGUUCUGCUACCGGCUGAUGAGGGUCGAACGAUGCUUGAAAGUGCCGUAGACAAUCUCUUGAAGUCAACCGAUGCAAAUGCAAAGAUUAUCUGGAGUGCAAAUUUUACCCAGCUAGGCCGCCUGGAGGAUGAGAAAGUUGCCGAUAACGAGCUGAAAGGGAUACACGACCAAACCUUCGUUUUUCCGGCUCCUGAGCUUGACCUGGCCUUUGAAGAUGGCCUAAUUGAUCAAGUUAAGGAAGUAUGGAAGGCGAUACUGGGGAGCGAGGCUGAUGAGAGCGGGUUCUUGAAAUUCGACGACCGAGAGGGAAUGGUCGAUGAAGAGGAGCCGAGCGAGAACAUGUAA